CAGCCCCGCGGCGGCAGAAGCAGGGCAGCGGCAGCACCGGCUGCCAGUGACUGGCACGGAGCGCGGGGCGAGACGGGCUGACCGGCCAGGCCCUGCCCGGAUCCCCAACAGCAGGCGUAGGGAUAAGGAGCGGGCCCUGGAAGGAUUCCCAACACCAGGCAUUUGGAUGGAGUCUCAGUAUCUGAAGCAAUGCCUGGGAAGUUGCUUGAAGAAGGGGCUGGCAGAGGUUGUAGAGCAUCGGCCAGCAGAUCCCAUCGAGUAUCUUGCACACUGGAUUUACAAUUACAGAAGAAGCUUAGAUGAAGAAAAAAAGAGAGUGCUGGAGAGAGCUGAGCUGGAAAAAGAACGGGAGGCAGCUCUAGCAGAACUUGAAAGGUUGAGAAUCCAGGAGGAAGAGCAGCGGAAACUUGAAGAACAACGUCAGGCUCAGUUGGAGAAAGAACGUGCAGAGUUGGAAGCACAGAUUGAAGAAGCUGAAAAGCAGUUGGAGCAGGAGGAUCAAGAGGAAGAUGAAAACACAAUAUCUGAAAUUACAGAUAGACCUGGAACACCUACUUCUGAGGGGCCAGAUGCAAGUGAACUGAGUCAAACAGAUCUCCCAACAGUAAUAGAAGAAGAAGAAGAAAGUUAGAACUGGCCUGAAAGCAGUAAAUAUAUUUUCUGCUCAUUACUUGCUGAUCCUCAAGUGUAGUAUCUUGAUUUAUGUAUUUUAUAAAUAGAACUGAGUAACAUGCCUGUUUUUCCAGUGUCUUUUUCUAAGGUGUUUGUAUAAAGUCUCUUAAUUCUGACACUAAUUCUUUUUGUUUUUAAACCAUUGUAGCUAGCAUGGCUGACUUGCAGGAAGAAAACUGCAGCAAAUAUAUUUUCUACUUAUUGCAUAUCAAAGUAACCAUAAUAAAUACAAAUAUAACUAAUAUGUCAAUAUGAUUUGAGGAUAGAUGCUACAAUAUGGUAAUUUGAAUCAAAAGAAUAAAAUCUUACUGAAAAUGAUUUUCCAAAAAUUUGCAUGGUUUCUGAUAGAAAAAGGGGAUGCUCCACAGAUUAAAAGAUGGAGAGAGUAUUCUGGACAUCAAACCUGGUGCAAAAAUCCAAUCAGAUUUCCCAAAUGUAUUUGAAAGAGGUAAAUUUCACUCUGACUCAGUAUAUACUAGAAGAUCUUGUCUCCUAGAAGUGAGGUGGUCUUUGUAACAUGAGGUGUUUGCUCUAGGCUUUAUUAUUAGAUAAAUAUAUUUAAUAUUAUAGUUAUUAUUAGGUAUUGUGUGGUACAAGGUAAACUGUGUCUGCAUAUUAGUUUUGAUUAGUAACAUUUUUAAUCUUUUCUGCAUUUUGCUUGAAUUUGUAAGCCAAGAAAUCAAAUCUAUGUUCUCUACUAAGUACCAUUAUAUAUUUCUCAAAACUUAAUUUCUAAAAAUUUAGAAGAAUAUUUAGCUCGAUCCAUGGUUAUCCAUAAAAAUAAGUUCUAUAAUCCUUAAAAAUGCAUUUUUACAAGAACAGAUGUUUGUAAUCACUGAUAUCUUGGUAUAGGUUAUUAAGAAUGUUCUGUGUCUCUUCAUGACAAAUGGAAAAGACAUCAACAUUAAGAAAUCCUGUGCUUCUUCAAUAACAUGUGCCUUUACAUCUCUGUCUUCUGCUACAGGUUAGAUGGUCAUGGCCAAUAUUGAAAAUACCUUUCAUUACAAAAUCAGUACAUGGUUAAUGCAUUCACUGCAUUCUUCAGUCUUGGGAUGAAAGAGAUUUUUCUCAUAAUUUCACUUCAAUUUUUUAAUAGUAUAGCUGAGUCUAAGGGGUUUGCUGUGCUUGGCAAACUGUUAAAAAUAUCUAUUCACCCAACAGACAAGGGUCAAUCACAUAAUAAAUAUUUUCCUGCUCUGAAUAACUUGUUUUGAUCAUGUAGAUCAGUCUAAGAAUAAUCUUACCAAAUUUUAAAAACAUGAACACUAUUGAUUUUUCAUAUAGUAAUAUAUUAUUUUUUUUCCUUAAAGAUAAAGUACCUUUAUUAAAAGAAUCCUGUGCUCAUUUUAUUACUACAUUGUUUUUUGGAUGCUAAUAGCCACAUCUAUAUGAGCAUCUUUAAAGUCAAAAGAGGAAAAUGUCACUUACUAGGUAUAAGUACUUAGAAAUGUUUGUGUAACUUUUGGUGUCAUGAAAAAAUGGAACUGCUUUUGUGUCUAAGUAUUCAGGCUUUGUUAUCUACAAUAAUUCUGAUUGGUUUGCAGUUUUUGUGAUCAUCAAAACCUUUCCUGUGGCAUUAAUACACUCUUGUGGUUGAUGUUUUAGUAGACAGAUUUUGACAGUUUACGAUUAUGUUUGUUAGUAACAGUUAAAAUGGAAUAAUUUAAGGACACGCUUUGACACCACAGUUCUAAUUACACCUGUUAACACUGCAUUCCCAGCAGCCUCUUGGGCCAAUCUCAAAGGAGUAAAUGGAUAAAAAGAUGGAGUUUGUCUUUUAAACCAAUAUGUAUAUGAUUCUUAAUAUUUAGAUUAACACUUCCAAAAACUGGUAACUCUUCGUCCGUUUACAUUUAAUGUCCAGUCAUGUUGACCAUGAAAAUUUCAACUUUCAUAGAGCCUUCAAAAUGUAAGAUACUAUUUUAAAAUAUACUAGAAAUUAAUUCUAAUGACAUGUUGCUUUCAUUUUCUUAUCAUUUCAUACUGUUUGUAUCUUUGUUUGAUUUUGUUAUAUGUGUGUCCACUAGAGUGCAUCCUAAAUAAACACACUGGGAACUCUGUCAAUUAUAGCCCAUGAAAACUACAA